AUGCCUCCCAAUAACAAUGAAAAACAAUUAAAACGAUGUUUAGAAGCUGCUAUUGAAAUUUUGCAUGGUAUAAUUACAAAAUUUGAACCAUCAGCCGUAUCUCAAUCAAAUACUAUAUCGAUAAAUUCAGUUGUGAAUAAUAUGAAUACAUUCACAUUAAAUAUAGAGGAAGACCAAGAAAUGGAUAUACUCAAAAUGAAACUUGAAAAUGCUUUCAAUGACCAUUUACCAUAUUUAACUACAAUGUAUCGAAAUUAUCUAUUAAAUUUUUUAUAUCAAUAUGAUUAUGAUGAUGAAAAACGCAAAUUUAAGGAUCAUUUGAGUAUGAGUAAUAUUCUUCCAUUAUGUCGUGGUCUUCAAAGUCUCUUAGCUUCGAUUGAUGCUUUUCAAGCUGCUUGGGAUGGAAAAUUAACUAUUGUUGAAAAAUUUAUUAAAAAUUAUCCAACUUUAAAAGAUAAACCUGGACUUUGGGGUACAACUCUUUUAUAUUCAGCAGCAAAAAAUGAUCAUAUGACUGUGGUUGUAUAUCUUAUUGAAAAAGCUAAAUGUUCUGUUAAUGCUCAAAAUGAACAACAUCUUGAGAAAAUUUUAGCAUCAACUAAGAAAGGCUUGGAUUAUGAUGUUAGAGCAAAAGCUGCUUCAACUGCAUUACAUGGAGCUUGUUUUAAUGGACAUUUAGAGAUAGUUCAAUACUUAGUUAAACAUAAAGCGAAUUAUUUUAUUAGAAAUCAAGCUUUAGAAACACCACUAAUGAAUAUAGGAACUAAUGAGGAUAUUAGACAAUUCUUUCGAAAUUAUCUUCUCUUAGGUUAUUUAAAAACUUUAAAUGAUCUACCAGAUAAACCUAUCUUAGAAGAAACUAAACAAAUAGUAGAUUGUAUUUGGGAAUAUAAACCAUUUGAUGAAUCUGAGUGGCAUUCAUUUUCAUCUGAUGAAUCAGACUUAUUACAACAAUCUUUGAUCAUAGAACCGGAUCAACAAUUUAAACAUGAAAUUCGUUUAACAGUAAACAAUAGUAUAUAUAAUGUUUCAAUGGCUCAAUUCUUGCGUUCAGGUAAAAAUCUUGAUGAAAAUAAUUUAGCUUGGAUUCGAUGUCGUGGUUCAUCAAUAUUAAAUUUUGAUUGUUAUUCAUUAUGGCAAAUUAUGUUUCUAACACAUCCAACAGUCAAAUCAGAUUCUAUGCCAUCUUUAAAAAUAUCUAAUAUACCAACAGUAGAUGAUUCGACAUUCGAAAUAGAACUUGCUUCUUGGUAUAAUUGUGAUGCAAAUACAAAUUCAAGAUUUGAUUAUGCAAUGAAUUAUCGUCAAAAAAUUCUCGAAUUAAGUUUAGAUUUUAUUAGUGAUAAGAAUUUAAUUUUUAAUUUUCAAAAAUUUUCAUUUACAAAUAAGAAAAACACUAUUACAGGUUUUAUUCGAUGGAUACCAAAAUUGGUAUCAAAUAGUGAACAAGAUAAAAAUAAAAUAAAAAAUAUAGAUAAUUUUUCAGCAAUGACAAAUUUAAAUCCAAUACCUCUUACUACAAAACGUCUUCAACAAAUAACAAAUGCAACUGAUAGUUCUUUAUCGAAAGAUGAUGAAUUUCUUGAAGAUAGAAAUGAAAAUGAUCCAACUUCAUUCGCUUUUUCAGAUGAUCUUGGUAAUGAUGAUGAAGGUGAUUAUUUACAAAGUUCAGAUGAGACAACGAAGUCAUCCGAUAGUGGCAUAUGGACUGUCAAUGAUGUUAUCAGUGAUGAUGAUGAGUCUUCAAUAACUGCUGAUAGUCAUGAUGGAGCUGAAGAAGAACAAGACUCAAAAAUUCCAUCGGCGACAACCGAUGAUAUUUCUGAUGAGACAGAAAAUGUUACAAUCGAGGAUUAUCUUGAUCCCAAUGAUGAAAUCUCUAAUCCAUCACUUUCAACAAAAAUAGUGGAAAAUACAGAGUCGACAGAAGACCAUCAAAUUGCAGAAACAAUGUUAGAAAAUUUAAGAAAAGAAAUAGAAGAACUUAAAGCUGUUCGUGAUAAUGAAAAACAGAAAGCUAUGUUACAAUUAAACUCAUCUAAAAAAACAACACAUGAACUCGAAGAAAAAUUAGCUAAAACUCUCCAAAAAACUGAACAAUUGAAUGCUGAACUAGAAAAAAUUAAAAAAAAAGAAGAAAAGAUAAUGGAAAUAACUAAAACUGUUCAAACUAUCAAAUAUACUAAAAUUGAAAAGAAUAUUUUCUAUGACUUUCUCGUACCAAAAUAUGGAUUAAUUCUUGAUCAUUUACAAAGAACAAAAAAAUUAGACGAUUUUUUUGUUGAUAAAAUACCAAAAAUAACAUUUGAAGAAAAACGUAAUACAUACACAUUAACUGUUAUUGGUAUUCGAGUUCAUCAAGAUGCAUUUAAAGAAAUCUUAAGAAGAGUAUUAAUUUUAUCGAAUAUAAAACAACGAGCUAUUGAUUUUUAUCAACGACAUUUAAAUCGAAUAAUAAAAUCAAUAAAUAAAACACUUUUUAAAGUUCAACCAAACACUAAAUAUUGGAAACAAUAUAGUAAAUUCUUAUAUGAAUUAUUAAAAGAAGAAAAUAUUCAAUAUUGCACGAAAUUUAAGGAUUUUAUUGGAUCAAAAACUUUAGAACUAAGUGAAUUAUUUAUUCUAGGUGAUUCAACAUCACCAUGGGUUGAAAUAAGAAAAGCAACUAAUUCAUUUAUGACACAAUAUUCAUUUACAAAUGAAAUUGAAAGACUCAAACAUCAAGCAUUAAACAAAUUUAUUGAACUAAAUAUUUCUUUUCAACGAUUAAAACUUGAUAUAAAACCAACAAAAGAUUCAAUCAAAGCUCUACAACAUUUUAUUGAAAAAAUUAAACGAAUUUUCAAUGAAGAUCCUAAAUAUAUUGGUUACGAAUUAACUAAUCUUCGUCGUAUACCACACUUAUUACAGCGAUUAAUGAUUUAUUAUUGUUGCUUCACUAUUCAACUACCUUUAUAUGAAUCAUCUAUGGAAUUAUUAAAAGAAAUAAAAAAGAAUACAGUGAUUACUAUAUCAACAUCAACUGGUUCAGGAAAAUCAACAUUAUUACCAGCAUUGUUGAUAGCUGAAGGAUAUGAUAAAGUAAUUGUAACACAACCUCGUCGUUUACCUUGUAGUUUAAUUAGUGAUCGUGUUAAUAAAACCAUGACAACUGAUACAAGUCCUAAUGCAGAAAAAUUAGCUGGAUGGGCUGUUAGCGGUGAUGAACGUAAUUCACGAGCAAAAAUUCUUUAUUUAACAGAUGGCUUACUAAAAGAACGUCUACUUAACGACGAACAUUUUAUUACAAAUAAUACAAGUGUUAAUAGAUCUAUUGUUUUUUUUGUUGAUGAAGUGCAUGAAAGAUCCGUUAAUAUUGAUCUUUGUUUAGCAUUAAUAGCUCGAAUGUUAGCUACGAAUCAAGCAUUAUCAUCUAAAAUCAAAGUUAUUAUCUCAUCUGCUACAUUACAUCCAUCUGUACCAAAAGUUUUUCAACAAAUAAAUCAUCUUAAGUUUUCAGAAUUUACAAAACCAUUAAUGGGUACUCUUUAUCCUGUAACAAAAUUUAAACGACCAAAUGCAAAUAUUCUAAAUAUUGUACAAGAAUUAUAUCAUAAACGACGAAGACAAGAUCAAAUAUUAUGCUUUGUUAAUUCAGCUUCAGAAGUUAAUCAAUGUUGUCGUUUAUUAACUGAAAUAAGUCAAAAUACAAUUGUUGCUUAUCCAUUAAUUCAAGCUCAAUCAUCUAUUACUCAACAAGAAUAUCUUGAAAAAGGAAGUGUUUUCUUUUCAACAACAGUUGCUGAAACGUCUUUAACAUUUCCAUCAUUAAAAUAUGUUGUUGAUACCGGUAUGAUUAAUAUUCCUGUUUAUGAUAUUGAAGGUAAACGAAUGAUAUUGAAAGAAGUUCCUGCAGCUGAAUCAACAAUAAAACAACGUCUUGGACGUUUAGGAAGAACACAACCUGGAGAAUAUUAUGCGUUGUAUGAUUCUGAUGUUAAACAUAAACCAUAUCCAACACCACAGAUAUGUCAAUCAGAUUUAAUUAGUAUUGAAUUUUCAUUACGAAAAUCACCAUUGAAAUGUGGAUUAGAUUAUCUGAAAGAAUUUUUACCUGAAAAACCCAAACAACCAGCUAUAGAUUUUACUAUUCAUGAAUUAAUUAGAAUGAAUAUUUUGGAAUCAAGUUCAGAUCAAUUGACGAACUAUGGUAAAUUGCUUGCUAAAUUACCUGAUUUUGGUUCUUUGCCUAUGGCACAAUGUGUAUUAGCUGCUCUUCAACUAUACAAUUGUGGACGUGAUUUGAUUUGCCUUGCAUCUAUUCUAAGUGUUUUAAAUACAACAAGUUUAUUAACAAAAUUACCGCAAAGUUUUAAAAGUUCAGAUGGCGAUUUUAUGACACUUCUAAGUGUAAUGAAUGAAAUUUUAUUAAUUAAACAAUCUGUUCCAGCACGUGCAUUUAAAUUAACACGUGUUUGUGAAGCUAAAGGUCUUAGUCAUAUAAAACAUAUUAUUGGACAAGCAUUAAGACGAUAUACUAGUUUGGAAAAAUCAUUUGAUCUUUCAAAUGAUUAUCGUGAACAAGCUCAAAUUAAAUGUGAUAACUGGGAAUUAAUAGCUAAAGCAUUAUUAGCAGGUUAUUCAGACAACGUCUUUGUUUCUAAAAGAGAUUUACAAGAUAGGACUCAUCAUUUUGUGCGUUAUAGUAGUAAAAAUGAUACAGCUGUUUUAGAUUUAAAAUCAACAUUAACACGACCCAUUAGUCAAGCACCGGUAUCUCUUGUCGUUGCACGAGACAUUCUUUAUUUGAGUUCAGUUCGUUUAACAGCUAUAAUUUCAUUCUUAGGAGAAAUAAAAGUUGAUUGGAUCGAACAUAGUAUUGAACGUCAAAUAAAGUUAAAUGAAGCUGAAGAAAAUUAUCUUAAAGAAAAUAAUGGAUAUUCAACUGCAAAAUCAAUGUUCUCCAAUAAGAUUCAGCUAGGAUUAAAUAAUAGACUUCUUAGUUUAAGUGGUCCGGCAGGUGUUGUUCUCAAUAGUGAAUUAUAUCUGUUUCAACAAAUGAUUAUUGAGCAUCAAUUUUGUUUAGAAAAUAAUAAUUCUACAAAAUAUAAAAAUUUAUCACAAAAUUUAGAUAGUGUCAUGAAAAUGACUCAAAUAUUUAAUCCAAUGAUUUGGAGAUGGGAAGCUCAAAAACAAGUUAAAAUAACAGUUAAUAGUAAUACAGCCACUAAAACAUGUGAAAUAACAAUUAGAGGAAGAGAUUCACAAGUUCAACAAGUCAAAAAAGAAUUUGAUUCAUUUCUAAGUUGGUUACAAGAGUGUGCUGUUAUUAGACAUCCUAACGCAGGUGUUUCUCCACGUCUUCUUCGUCCUCAAAUGCGUAUUUAUUGCGAAGAUAUUGAACAACGAAUUUCUCAUGUCACAGAUCCUACACGAACAUUUAUUGAUUUGUAUAAUAGUGUGAAAGGUUCGACAGCAACACGUGAAACACGAAUGGAAGUUGUUGCUUGGAUAGCUGUUUGUAAAUUUGAUUGUAAAUUAGAAGGUGGUUUUGUUCGAGAUUGGAUUGUUGGAAAAUAUACAGCACAUCCAACUAGUACCGAUUCAAAAGAUUGGAUUGAAUAUAAGACAAAUUAUAACAAUGAAGAAAUUCCUUACAUGAAAAGAGAAAUUGUUCCAGCUGAUUUAGACUGUCAUUUACCUACACAUGCUUAUUUUGAUAUUGAGAAAUUUCAAGAUGAACUUUAUAGAUUUGGUAUUAAUUGCAAACAUUAUCGAGAAAACUGGAGAUAUAUUUUAUUAAUUGAUGAAGAUACUCGAACAGGACCAUUUACUAUGGAUUUAAUUGAACCACAUGUUGCUUUAACACAGGAUCGUAUUGAUUUUGAUGUGAGUAAUUUGGUAUUAGAAAAAAAAUAUACGCGUGAUUUAGGCAUGCGAAUUGACAUUCAACAAAAACCCUAUUUGAUUGAACUUGAAACAAUUGUUGAUAAUAUAAAAAAUAAACGUUUUUAUGUUCUUCGUACUAUUGACAAUAGAGUAACCGAACGUAUUCAUAAAAUGAUAAAUAUUCGCCAAUGGAAACAAUUAGGACAAUCAUUCAAUGUUUUACCCAAUCCACAUCCAAAAUGUAACGUACUUCUUGUACCAUUACAUCAUACAAGUACUUCAUAUAUAGCUCUGUCAAAACAGAUGCAAUUGAUCAAUAGUUCAUUAAAGAUUUUAUCCAUCGAGGAAAUUAAAAAUCCAUAUUUGGAAGAAAUAUAUGAAGGUAUGAAAAAAGUAAUCGCUAGGCAAUGUCCAGGAUUUAAUCCAAAUGAGCGUGAACUUUUUCAUGGUACAAGUGGUGAUGGAAUUAAUGGAAUAACAGAAGAUGGCUUUGAUGAUCGAUUUUUCAAUCCGAAUGGAGCUUGGGGUCAUGGUGCCUAUUUCGCUGAUGAUACUCGAAAAUCGCAUAAUUACACAAAUCCUGAUUCAACAGACGGAUCACGUGUCAUAUUUUAUAAUAAAGUGCUCUUGGGAAAUGAGUCAAUCUAUUCGACCGCCGACAGUUCAUUGGUAUCUGCACCGAUAGGUUAUCAUUCAGUUCAAGGAACAAAAUUUACAUAUAAGGAAUAUAUAGUGUAUCGCUACGGUCAGGCUAGACCUUAUUUAAAAAUCAUUUAUACAGUUUAA